CCCGUCAUCUCCCUAGGUUUAGUUCGUCAGGUGCCAGUGAGAAGUUCGGUGUCCUUCAGUGUUUACUUAUUUGGAUUCCUCUUCCCAAAUACUAUGGAUGUAUUGGAAGAGAGGAAUCAAUAGGGGUCCUUUGUAAUGGCUGACAUCCCAGCAAACCUGAGUCACGUUUAUAAAUUUCAGCUGGAUGGAGGGGAAGUAAGGAAUAUGAACGACAGCAACAACAACUUAGCGGCCAACUUUGCGGCUAGCUCAAGCCCCGUCCAGGAGUUUUACCGAGAUGGGUGUGUUCUGAUCACAGGGGGAACGGGCUUUGUGGGCAAAGCACUCAUCGAGAAACUCCUUCGAUCGUGCCCAGAAAUAUCAACAAUAUUCGUCCUCAUCCGUCCAAAACGAGGCUUGGACCCGGAUUCUCGCUUCAGAGAACUUUUAAAAAACACAGUUUUUGAUCGAAUCAGAGAAGAAAACCGCGGUUUGCUUAAGAAGAUUGUCCCUAUAUCUGGGGACUUGACACAAACGGACUUUGGGUUGUCGGAGUGCGACCGCAUCCGUCUGCUAGCCGAGGUAACAGUGGUGUUCCAUUCCGCAGCGACUGUUCGAUUCAACGAAGCUCUGAAAGAUGCCGUCGACCUCAACACUAGAGCUACCCAAAGAGUUGUGGAGUUCUGUGCAAACAUCCAUAACCUUAAGGCGCUGGUGCAUAUAUCAACAGCCUACUCCAACGCCGACAAGAGAGUUGUCGAAGAAGUCGUAUACAAACCCCCAGCCAGCCCGGCCGGUGUGAUGGACUUUUGUCAGACCUUUAAUGACCAGACGCUAGAAGAUCUUUCUGAAAGCCUCAUACAGACCAGUAACCAUCCCAACACCUACACACUCACCAAGGCGAUGGCCGAGUGGAUUGUUCACGAGGAGGCCAACUCUUUUCCGACUGCUAUCGUCCGUCCUUCCAUAGUAACAGCUGCAUGGAAAGAGCCGGUGCCUGGCUGGGUUGACAACAUCAGCGGAAUCACAGGGAUCAUGAUGGAGAUUGGCAGAGGUACAAUCCGCAGCAUCAUUUGUGAUGAUCAGCUGACUGUGGAUAUUGUACCAGUGGACACAGUCGUCAACACUCUCGUGGCCGCAGCGUGGCAUGUCCACACUUACAGAGGCGAGAAAGCUAGAGUUUACAACUGUACCACAGGAUCUCUGAAUGGAAUUUAUUGGCAUGAGUUGGGCAAACUCACAAAGAAACACGCACUUAAUGUUCCCACUAAGUACAUCCAGUGGUACCCUGGCUUCUCGUUCAGAACCAACCGUUUUAUGCACUGGAUAAUACAUAUUUUGUUCCACUUCAUGCCAGCUUUUUUCAUCGACUCGAUACUGCGUUUACAAGGGGCCAAGCCAAUUAUGAUGAGAAUAUGCGACAAGUUCAAGAGGACUGCCAAAGUAGGAGAAUUCUUCGCUCUUCAUGAGUGGGACUUUAAAUGUGAUAACCAAAAGUCUCUCAGCGCCAAUAUGACAGCCAAGGAUCGGAAAUUAUUUCAGUCAGACGUCAGUCAACUUAGGUGGGAUGAGUAUAUUAAACACUACAUGGUCGGAAUCCGCAAAUACGUCUUGAAAGACUCCAUGGACUCACUGCCCACUGCAAAACAAAAGCUGCAAAGAUUUUACUACCUCCACAGAUGCAGCCAGAUUGCAGCAGUUUUCAUGCUUCUCAAACUUGUUGGUCUUCAUGAAAUAUCUUUCAACUAACUCCGGUGACAAAUUUGUAAAUAGUCUCUCAGUAUUAAGCCUUUGUUACAAGUAGGUUAUAUGUAAACUUUAUGUCUUGA